AUGGAUCAAGAGACCAAACAAGAAGAGCAACAGCCUCAAUCAGACCAAUCCUCAUCGCUAGAUGCACAGGAUUCACUCAGGAGCGAUGAUCAUGACCAACCAAUAGCGGCAUUGGAUGCAAAGUUGCAAGAGUUUAUUGAAUUGUUGCGAAGAAUUGGAAUGAGCACUGCUGAUUACCAGCUGGAAGGCAAGGACGUGUAUAUGAAUAGAAUAAAUCAAGUGGUAGAUACGUUACGCGAAUUAGACCAACUCAAAGAUAAUGUUAAUAUCGAUCUACCACCUGCUGUCAUUGAUGACUUCAUCGCAAAAGGCCACAAUCCAGAUACAUUCACAGCAAAUCAAAUACAGCUCGUCACAAAUAUGAAUCAAAAGACAUUUGGAAGAAUACGGCAAUUGUCAUCCCUCAAAUCCGAAAUCGAAAAGGAAAUGAAACCCAACUUUCCGGCUCUGCAUGAUACGCUGCAGAGUAAACUGAACUCGGCAUCCUAG